GAAAGACUAGGUGGCCGCCCAUUUACCUGUCGUUUGUAAGUGUACGCGGUCAGCGUUAACUGCAAUUCGACUGAAUAGUCCUGGUUUUUUCAGUCCUUAUUGAAAUAUCGUUAAAGACUAUUCAAAAAGUGAAUACGAAACUAGUGCACUUUCAAAAUGGUGAUAAAAACAGCAGGUACCACUGCGGUACAAUUGGAGCGCACAAUAGGCGGUUUAAAAUACACCAUAUUCUGCCUCAAUGCAAUCGUUUGGAUUUUGGGUGCAUCGAUGUUCGGGCUUUCAAUAUGGCUAAGAGCGGAACCUGGUUUUGCAGAAUGGGUUCAAUUUCUCAAUAUGUAUCAAUUCUACAUAGGAAUUUAUAUAUUGAUUGCCACAUCGGUAAUUGUCAUGAUAAUUGCCUUUAUUGGUUGCGGUGCUGCUCUAAUGGAACACGUUCUCGUUUUGUUUGCGUUUAUUGGGCUGCAAAUAUUCUCAUUUAUUUGCGGUCUGGUUGGUGCAGCUAUCCUUCUUGAUUAUUCUACGUAUGACAGCAGUAUUCAGCCUAUCAUUCGUGAGUCGAUGACUACACUGAUUAUCAAUUCGCACAACCCUAAUGCAUCGACAAUUUUAAGAAUUGUUCAGGAAAACAUUGGAUGCUGUGGAGCUGAUGGACCAAUGGAUUAUUUGACUCUGUUAAGACCUUUGCCAACUGAAUGCCGUGAUACAGUUACCGGAAAUGCAUUUUUCCAUGGCUGCGUGGACGAAUUAACGUGGUAUUUGGAAGCCAGAGCUGGCUGGCUAGCUGGAUUGUCUAUGGCUCUCUGCAUGCUUCACAUCAUCCUUGCAGUACUGUCUUUUGCACUUAUUCAAGCAAUCAAGAAAGAAGAAGAGGCCGUUACGUACAAAAAUUAAAUAAAAUAUUUAAAACAUUCAGUCAAAUCAUUCAUCAGUUUUAAAGUACAAGCAUGUCUAAUAGAAAUUUUCAAGAAAUCGAGUGAUCAGAAUUUUUUGGGGAAAUUCUUUUGACAUUUAAUAAUCGCUUGUAUGAAGGAAAGAGAAAUUCUCCAGCCAGGAAGCUAGACGUUACUAUUUAAUACAAUCUUUUUAUAAAUGUAUAUCACGUAUCGAAGAAAUAAACCAUUUCUUAUUUAACGUA